UUAUUUUGAAUAAGCUGUAGACGAACUAGAGAAAAAUAUGUCUUCGGUGCAGCGAGCCUUUGCCCACAAAUUGAGUAAACAACAUGCUGCAGAUGUUCGUCGGCAAAUAGCUACGUCGACAUCUUAUUCUAGAGAAUUGUCAAAAAGUGGAAGUAAUUUUUCUGGAUUUUCUUCAACAAUGUCUCUUUGCGAAAUAGUUGAACCGCUAGAUUAUGAAGAAUUUUUAGCUCAACAUCAAACUCUAUUAGAACGAGAUCCUUUAAAAUUAAUUUUAGAUUUUCCUCCAAAUGAUGUUGAAUUAAAAGUAAUUAAGAGAAAAAUUUGCACAGAAGAACCAGUAGUUCCUUCAGAACCUAUUGAAUUAGUAUCACCGUAUGUGAAAAGGUGCAUUGACAGUUUUACUUCAGAUUGGGUAAUUGUGCACAGGAAAUUUAAAGGACGGGCUUCACCUAUAGCAAGAGAUCAAUUAGUCCAAGAAACACCAAGACAAGAUUUUGAAGUAGAUCAAGAGGAAGUAAAUGGUUCGAGUUCUCCAAACGAAGAUGAGUCGGAUCUUUCACAAUGCGGAUCACAAGAUACUUCACGUGGAUCAUGGGCAAGUUUGGAUCUUCGACAUUCUCAACACGAUCCUCUUCUGCCAAGUCUCCUUGAUCGAGUCUGCCCUGAAACGAUAGAUCAAGUGAAUGAGCAAAAGCGUUUGGAAGAUCGUCAAGAAGCUUUAUUUCCACUUUAUGCCUUACCAACAUCUUCGGAUGACGAGUGGCAGGAAAUUACUCUCGCGACAGAGCCUUUGGAACCUUUUUCUCACAAAAUCCUUAUAAAAUGUCUUCAAUUAAAAUUGGAAUUAGAAGUAGAACCUAUAUUUGCAAGUCUCGCUUUAUAUGAUGCAAAAGAGAAAAAAAAGGUUUCGGAAAACUUUUAUGUUGACAUGAACACAGAGAGUUUGAAAAGGAUGCUCGGAAGUCAUGUAGCAUACAGUGAUGGGAGUACCUUAGCAAGAAAUUGUAUCCUGAGCAUAAGUAAGCCAAGUACUGAUUUGUUUCUUGUGGUUCGAUUGGAGAAAGUAUUACAAGGAGAUAUUUCCGAAUGUGCAGAGCCUUAUUUGAGAGAUGAUAAAAAUAAAGACAAGGUAAGAGCUGCAGCUGUUGCAGCUUGUGACAGACUCGGUCGAUACCGGAUGCCACUUGCAUGGACUGCCAUUCAUCUUUCUGGAGUUAUUGGAGGUGGCGGAGAUACAGACAGUACCGGAAGUGCCGGAUCAUUAGAUAGAAAAUCCGUUAGUUUAGAACAGUGGCGCAAAAAAGUCGAUCCUCCAACGCGAAGAGGAUCUCUUGAGCGUCGUAGCUCUGACAAAAGACGAAGUUGGUCACCGGAUGAUUUUGCCAAUUGCUUGGAUAGUUUCAGGCCAAUAACAUUAACGGUAUCUAGUUUUUUUAAGCAAGAAAACGAAAGAUUACGAGACGAGGAUCUUUAUAAACUAUUGGUAGAAUUAAAAAGGCCAGGCUCAAAUUUGAAGAGAUUAAAGUGCCUACCUGGGAUUUUGAAAUUAGAUAUAAGUCCACGGCCCGAAGAAUUGCCGCGAUGUUUAGAUCCCGAUUUACGCAGAUUAUCGCCUUAUCCCGAUGAAAAGAGUCGUCCGAUUAAAGAAAUAUUGGAAUUUCCAAGUGAAAUUAUAUCACCAGAUCUUACUUACCGCAACCUACUCUACGUUUAUCCCAAAGAAGUAAACUUUAGUUCUAGAACGGGUUCAGCUCGGAAUAUCGCCGUGCGCGUUCAAUUAAUGGGCGGCGAGCAAGAAAGCGAGGCUAUGACUGCCAUAUUUGGAAAAUCUUCGUGCCCCGAAAUGACGCACGAGUCUUUCACAUCCGUCACAUAUCAUAAUAAAAAUCCUAAUUUUUACGAUGAAAUAAAAAUACGAAUGCCAGCAGAUUUGAGUGCUAGGCACCAUCUACUUUUUACCUUUUAUCAUAUAAGCUGUCAGAAGAAAGUGGAGCAGCCAAAUGUUGAAACACCUGUAGCUUACACCUGGCUACCGUUAUUAAGAGAUGGGCAUCUUCAAUCAGGAGAAUUUAGUUUACCAGCAAUGCUAGAUCCUCCACCGGCCAAUUAUUCAUACAUCGCGCCAGAUGUUCUUCUUCCCGGUACUCGAUGGGUCGACGCUCACAGGGGUGUUUUUACACUUGUACUCGAACCUGUCUCUAGUGUACAUCCUCAAGAUAAAUAUAUUGACAGAUUUUUAUCGCUCUGCGGUGCGUUAGAAUUGGGCCAAGUGCCUCCUCGUAUCGGCGAGGCUGGUAUGGAAUCCGAACUGAAGGCCGCCCUCCUCGAGUUGGCCCGGACUUCCCAAGUCACGCUCAUCCGAUCGCUGCCCCAAAUAUUCGAUCAAUUGGUAUCGUUGCUGGUGCGACCGCCGACACUACCGUCACAGCCACUCAACGUGGCGGCAACCGUUUUCGAGGCAAUCGGUCUUCUCGUGCGCAACAUCACCAACAUGCAGGACAGCCAAGUCGACAGUCACGGCAGGCAUCCGCUGCUCACCACCUAUACGGCCUACCAGUGCUCGCUGCCGCGGAUGACUCAGGGUUCGGGGGUCGCGCGUGCCCAAAGCAAUCCGGAUCUGCCCAUCGAGGAUCUCGAGAUGGAGAUUCAUUCCCGAGGUCUUGAUCGCACUGCCUCCAUGAGGCACGAUCCCAUGCACACUAACAAUCAUUGUAUCCCCUCGACGCACAGGAUACUUCACGAAGAGCUGGCAUUGCAUUGGGUGGUAUCAACCGGACAGGCCCGCGAACUCGCAAUAACCCACUCCUGGUUCUUUCUCGAGCUAAUCGUACGCUCGAUGGUCGUCACCAUAGCCGAAUUUAAUCUCCUCGAGUCGGCGCGCAAGAAUCGCUUCUCGCCGCAGUUCUGCGACGAUCUGUCGACCCUCGUCGCCGCACUCACGAGCGAGAUAAUUAACCGCUGCGGUAAGGAUAACCGUGUAGCUUCGAAUCUCACCUCGAGCCUUGGCAACUUCCUCUCGGAUCUAUUCUCCGUGAUGGAUCGCGGCUUGGUCUUGUCGCUCCUUAGGACUAGCUGCUGUUCACUCGCCGACGCUUCCAUGCAGGUACCUGACUCCGUGGGUCUCUUCGGCCUCAAGAUCGAUCUUGUGCGCACCGUCUGCUCGCACGAGCACUACGUUGCGCUGAAUCUGCCCUUCGGCACGGGCUACACCUCGGGCUCGGCGCCGACUUCUCCCAGCCCUUCUACCGGUAGCUCUGGCUCCCUCAUCUCGACCCUCGUUCCAGCGGAACGCGCGAGGUUCGCCGAGCUGAGCCCGGAGUUCCGGCAGCAGCACUUUCUCGUUGGGCUCGUGCUACUUGAUCUAUCCAACACCCUCGAGAUACCAAACCCCAUUCUGCAGAAUAAGGCAAUCGGCACGGUGCGCUACCUGAUGAGCUGCCACGACGCGGACCCGCGCUAUGCGGAACCCGCGGCUAAGGCUCGGGUGGCCGCCCUCUACCUACCGCUCCUUAAUAUCCUCAUGGACGCGCUGCCCCAGUUGUACCACUGGGACUCGAAAGAGCGCAGCGUCUUCACGGACGAGACGGGCUCGAUAACGCAAUCGGUCGCCUUGGCGAUAGCCGGCGGAGCCGCGGCCGAGGUAGCCGGAAGCCAGUGUCGCGUGUCGCUGAGCUCGGAGGCAACCCGCCACCUCCUCAUGUGCGUACUCUGGCUCAUGAAGUCACUCGAGAAGUCCGCGGUGGCCCAGUGGAUUUCCGAGCUGAGCAGCAGGCGCAUCCUCUGCAUCCUCCAGCUGCUGAAUAUCGCCACCGCUGCCUUCGAGUACAAGGGCAAAAAGGCGCUGAAGCGGCUGCCUUCACAGGCGACCGCCACGAGUGACAUCAGGUCCCGUCUCGAGGACGUCAUUCUCGGCCAGGGGAGCGCCAGGAGCGAGAUGAUGAUGAGGCGGAAGGAACGAGCGAGUGGGGACAGGCUCAGGUGGAGAAAGGACCAGAUGUCGUAUCGGCUCACCGAGCAGCCGGAGGGUCGAGUCGUCGAGCAGGAUGCCCACAUCGAGGGUGCAUUGGCAGCCGAGGCUUCCCUCGUCGUUCUCGACACCCUCGAGACCAUCGUCCAAGCCGACGGUGGCGGAGGUGUCGUCGUCGGCGGUGUACUGAAGGUAUUGCUGAGAGCUUUGGCGAGGAACCAAAGCACUUUGGUGCUGCAGCACAUGUUCAAUACUCAGCGGGCACUGGUCUUUAAGUACCACAGUGCCCUCUUCGACGAAGAGGAGAGCGAGAGAUGCGGCGACCUCUGCUUGACGCUCCUGACGAGAUGCAGCUCGCCGUUAAGUGCCGUUCGUAGUCACGCCGCUGCCAGCUUGUAUUUGCUCAUGAGGCAAAACUUCGAAAUUGGCAAUAAUUUUGCACGAGUGAAGAUGCAAGUGACGACUUCGCUCUCUGCGCUCGUCGGUCGCGGUAGAGCACCCAAUGAGGGCGCGUUGCGUCGAUCUCUCAAGACGGUCCUGGUUUACGCCGAAAAGGAUACGGAAUUGGCGGACACGAGUUUCCCGGAGCAGGUCAAAGAUCUACUCUUCAAUCUCCACAUGAUACUCUCGGACACAGUGAAGAUGAAAGAAUUUCAAGAGGAUCCAGAAAUGCUUCUCGAUCUAAUGUACAGGAUUGCCAAAGGGUACCAGGGCUCACCGGAUCUGCGGCUCACGUGGCUGGCGAACAUGGCGCAGCAGCACAUGGAGCGCAAGAAUCAUACCGAGGCGGCCAUGUGCCUCGUGCACAGUGCCGCCCUCGUCGCGGAAUACCUCCACCUGCUGGAGCCCGGGGGCGGUGGCCGACCGAUUGGCGCCGUUGCUCUCAGUCCCAUAUCUCCGAAUGCCUUCGAGGAGAGUGCCGUCGGCGACGACGUUCUCGCCAGAAGGGAGGAGGGCCUCUGUCUCGGGCCGGACUUCUCGGAGAGCGGCCUGGCCGGGCUUCUCGAGCAUGCCGCGAGUUCCUUCCAUGCAGCCGGCAUGUACGAGGUCAUACCCGACGUAUACAGGGUCCUACUGCCGAUAGCCGAGGCCGCGCACGAUUAUAAGAAGCUGGCCAACAUUCACGGGAAACUGCACGAAGCUUACACUAGAAUCGAGCAACUCGCGGGCAAGAGGGUUUUCGGGACGUACUUUAGAGUCGGAUUUUAUGGUACGAGAUUCGGUGACCUCAAUGGGGAAGAAUUUAUAUAUAAGGAGCCAACCUUGACAAAACUGCCCGAGAUCUUUUCGAGGCUGGAAAACUUUUAUGCCGAACGGUUUGGCUCUGAGAAUGUCGUUAUCAUCAAAGACUCGAAUCCAGUCGAUGCGAGUAAGCUCGAAGUGGACAAGGCAUUCGUACAAAUUACUUAUGUCGAGCCUUACUUCGAGGCUUACGAAUUAAGGCACCGAUCCACCGUUUUUCACAAGAAUUUCAAUAUAAAGCGGUUUAUGUACGCGACGCCAUUUACACCUGGAGGUAAAGCUCACGGCGAAUUACGCGAGCAAUGCAAACGUAAAACUAUAUUGACAGUGGCAACGCAUUUUCCAUAUUUGAAGACGAGGAUACGAGUUGUGGCAAGGAAACAGAUAGUACUCAGUCCAAUUGAGGUGGCGAUCGAAGAUAUUCAAAAGAAAACGACCGAGCUUGCCGCAGCUACGGUCCAAGAACCAUCCGAUGCUAAAAUGUUACAAAUGGUAUUGCAGGGCUGUAUAGGUACAACUGUAAAUCAAGGUCCCGCGGAAGUUGCUAAUGUAUUUUUAUCGGGAUUGAGAGACCAAAGUAAUCAGCCUUCUAAGUUACAGCACAAGUUGCGCCUCUGCUUUAAAGACUUUUCAAAAAAAUGCCUCGACGCGCUACGAAAAAAUAAAAAUUUGAUUGGACCGGAUCAGCGAGAUUAUCAGCGUGAACUCGAAAGGAAUUAUCAGAGGUUCACGGAGAGAUUAGCACCAUUGAUCGCUUGGAGUGGCCAUUUGCAGCUAGUCAAUUAAGAGUCAAAACAACACGGCCCAACUCAAAAGUAAAGGACAAUGUAAUAGCAAUAGAGACGUAUCCCAAAGAACAGCUUAUAACAAGCACUUGAGUAUAUCCAUACGAGUCUUUAAUUCCAGUCAUAAUUAAGUAUUUCUAAU